AUGGCUGCUGUGAAAGUGGCCGUGACAGGUGCAGCAGGCCAGAUUGGCUACGCCUUGGUACCGCUGAUUGCACGUGGUAUCCUCCUCGGCCCCAGCACCCAUGUGGAGCUUCGCCUCCUGGAUAUUGAGCCCGCUCUCCAGGCACUUGCCGGAGUCGAGGCAGAGCUCGACGACUGCGCUUUUCCCCUCCUUGACAAGGUCAUUGUUACGGCAGACCCACGCGUUGCUUUCUACGAGGUCACCAUUGCCAUCAUGUGUGGCGCCCUCCCGCGCAAGGCAGGGAUGGAGCGCAAGGACCUCCUCGAGAUAAACGCCCGCAUAUUCAAGGAGCAUGGCGAGGCCAUCGCUGCCGUGGCGGCGUCAGACUGCCGCGUGGUAGUCGUCGGCAAUCCGGCUAAUACGAACGCUCUUAUUCUACUCAAGUCAGCUCAGGGGAAGUUGAAUCCCCGUCAUGUGACCGCCAUGACUCGCCUUGACCACAACCGUGCCUUGUCCAUGCUGGCUCGCAAGGCCGGUGUGCCAGCGUCACAGGUGCGCAACGUGAUCAUUUGGGGUAACCAUAGCUCCACCCAGGUCCCCGACGUUGACAGCGCUAUGAUUGGCACCACCCCGGCCCGCGACGCGAUCAGGGACACCUCUUUCGACGAUGACUUCGUGAAGGGGGUGCGCGGGCGCGGCACCGAAAUCAUCCACUUGCGUGGCCUUUCCUCAGCCAUGUCCGCCGCCAAGGCCGCCGUGGACCACGUGCAUGACUGGAUGCUUGGCACACCAGACGGUGUGUACGUGUCGAUGGGUGUGUACUCGAAUGGCAACCCGUAUAACGUGCCAGACGACCUGAUCUUCUCCUUUCCGUGCACGUGCCGCGCCGGCGAGUGGUUUAUUGUGGCCGGCAAGCUCAAGGGGGACCCUCCGCAGCAGCGCCUCGCCGCCACAAUCGCAGAGCUGGAGGAGGAGAAGAAACAAAUAGGAUUGUGA